AUGCUGCGUGCCAUCAAGAAUGAUUCCCAGGCCUUUGCAUCUGAGUUGGAGUACAGUGCCUUUGAGCCUGCCGAUUGGGACAUGUGGGUAUUGGUGAACAGCGAGCAAGCAGCAAUGCAUGUGUCCACUCUGCUUUGCAAAUACUUUAAAGACGUGCUACUCGACAGUUUGCGCAUGAACAAAGAGAUCCGAAGGAAGCGAGUGUACACAGUGGUGAAAGCUAGCGACUGUGCUGUGCCCAUGGUCGUAACAGAAACACCGUACCCAGCACGCCUGACCGGGAUAGCGCUGGGAGAACGGAGCGGUGCAGCAGCGGUAGAGAUGUGUGAGUCACAGCUGAUCGAGGCGUUGCGGCCAUGUAUAAACGCAACGAUACAGGCACUUGACGAGCGGCUCAGUCAAGCAUCCAUGGGGCGCAUAUUCGUGACAGGUGGGGAUGCAAUGAGGCGCUUCGACAGCGGGAUCCGCGUCUCAAAAGACAUCGACACAAAGAUAUAUGUGCCUCCAGGGCAGCACUUGGAUGAUGUGGUCAGCUUGGCUACCGAACUGGUCGGGAAGGCAGUCACUAUCAUGGUGAAAGAGCGGGCUCAAUUACUGCCACGCAACAUCGAAAGGGUCAUCAAUGGCACGCCCGUGGGCUUCAUGUACAGGAUUCGUGACGAUGAUAAUCUGCAGUUCAGGCUGCGCUACCUGCCUAAGGAGCCUAACGGCCGCCCGCGGCUAGUAAGCAUCAAUUACAGGAUGAAAGUGAGGGUGGGGAGCCUCGAAUUCAACCAAAACAUCCCAGUACUGGACGUGGUCGUUCAGAGGGCACCGAAAUCAACGGAUCCGCGCGAGGCCAGCACCAAGCCCCCAAUUGCGGGGCUACCAUGGCUCGUUGACGACAUCAAGCACACAUGGCAGUCGAGCUCGAGGGCAAAGCAGCGCGUGUGGGCAGGCAAGCGAGCUAAGAAUCUGGAUAGACUUCAGGAGCUACAAAGGAGACUAGACGCUGGCCGUUCAGCAAGAGAGGGCAAUCUCGGACGGGUUAAUAUGGGGGUCUUGGAGUAUCUACGAGACAGUUCCAAAGCGCCUCUGAUUCUU